UGGAUGUUGCGCUUUAAGUAGAAAUAAACUUCAAAUAGUUGUUCCGCAGUUCAAUAGGAGUGGUUAUUGCUUUGUCAUAUAGUAUCAGCCCUACUGUUAAACUCGUGCCCUUUCUUUUCUAACUGAAACGGUUUACUUCUGUGGCAGCUCGAUUGACGACAUGAGAAAACUCGUUGAAGCAAUCACGGUCAAGCUGAAGGAGGUUCUAAAGAAAGAUGAAGCAAAAGAACUAGUGGGAAUUGACAAACAAGUGGAGGACAUGAUGGACUUACUUGAUUUAGAAGUCAGUGAUGUACGAAUAGUUGGAAUCUUGGGGAAGGCUGGGGUCGGCAAGACGACUCUUGCCAAGCUCAUUUAUGAGCAAAUUUCCUCUUGUUUCGACAGUUGUAGUUUCCUUGCAGAUAUUGGGGCAACAGUGAAACAACUUGGAGGUGUUCGGCUUUUGCAAAGCAAGUUGAUGUCUGAUAUCCUAAACCGCGAAUACGAGGUUGAUCAAGUUGCGAAGGGAAUCGACUUUUUUAAAGGAAUAUUACGGAAUAUGAAAGUCCUAAUUGUUCUUGAUGAUGUGGAGGUACGGUCGCAUCUCCACGAAAUUGUUGGAGAGAAGCUUGAUUGGUUUGGUUAUGGAUCUAGGAUAAUUGUCACCAGUAGUAUCAAAUCUGUUCUUCCAGAGUCCAUAUCUCGAGGGUUGGCUCAUGUUUUCAGUAUCAACGUGAUGAAUAAUGAUCAAGCUCUUGAGCUUUUCACAAAGCAUGCACUGCAAAGAAAUUUUCCAAAUCCAUAUUUUGGUAAAAUUGCAAAAGGUAUAAUCAACUCUGCAAAUGGGAUCCCAUUACUUGUUGAAGUAAUUGGUUCACUCUGGUAUGGAAAAGGAGUAGAAGAACGGGCUGCACUUGGGAAGCUAAUUUUGAAAUUUGGCCUGGAUAUUAAAAAGAUUUUGAUGGUUAGUUAUGAAGAAUUGAGGAAAGAGCAAAGAGAGAUAUUUCUUGAUAUUGCAUGCCUCCCCGCUAACGUGGAUUAUCGAAUUGCUUCAUUUAUGUGGCAUAAUCCCAAUUUUCCCCUCUCCGAUGGAAUUGAUGCACUCCGUGUCAUGUCCCUGGUAAAAAUUGGAAAAAAUAAUGAACUAGGGAUGCACAGGCUGUUAAGGGAGUUUGCCCAACAAAUCAUACGUAAAGAGGAUGAUCUAGAUCCAGGAACGCGAGGCAGGUUAUGCAAUUUGGAAUUGGCCCGGAAAAAGAAGAAGAUGGAGGGGACAGACCACCUCAACUUUGUCGCGGGAGAUUUUAAGAGCAUGCCAAACAUAAGGUUUCUUAUCUUGGAUUGUGCAAAAGUCGUUGGUGAUUUUGCCAAUGUUUUUCUAAAUUUAAAGUGGCUUCAAUGGCAAGGAUGCACCAGAGAUUUUGAAGCUACUAAUUUUCAUGUCCGGAAAUUAGUCAUUCUUGAUCUUUCAUGGAGCAAAGUCACUGAAGACUGGGGAGGUUGGAGAGAAAUCAAGAUGCCACUGUUGAAAGUCUUGAAUCUUACUGGUUGUGCUGACCUAUUGAUAAGCCCUGACUUGUCCUCUUUCCCAGACUUGGAGAUAUUGAUUCUCGAACGAUGUUCUCGACUAAUGAAGUUAGAUCCUUCCAUCCGUCAUCUAAAAUGCUUAACUACCUUAAAUUUGAGGUUCUGCGAUGAACUCAACAUGCUGCCAAUUGAACUGGGUCACAUGAAAGCUCUUAAGGAGCUCCUUAUCGAUGGGACUUCGGUACAAGAAAUUCCCGUGUCAAUGGGUUACAUGGAGAAACUUGAGAUUUUUAGUGCCUCCAACUGUCUCCAGUUAAGUCACCUGCCUGAUUCAGUUCGUGGCUUGACAGCUCUUUCAGUACUCUCACUGGAAAAUGCAAAAAUUACUCGAAUCCCUGCCUCAGUUGAAAAGCUGGUGAAACUUCGGAUCCUGUCUCUAAAGGAUUGUCGUUGGAUAGGAAGACUUCCGGAUUCAAUUUGCAAUUUGGGAAACUCAUUAGAGGAGUUGGAUAUAACAGGGACAGGCAUAUCUGAAUUGCCCAAUUCAAUUAUUCGCUUGGGGCAUUUAAAAGUGUUAAAAAUGGAUUCUUGCUUCAUUAGAGAAUUGCCUAGAGAAAUUGGAAAUUUGGUCAACCUUGAAGAAUUACAUGCUUCCCAUUGUAGGAGUUUGAAGGGAGCCAUUCCAACUGCUAUUAAGUAUCUAAAUCGUCUGAGGAUACUGAGAUUGGGACAUUCCAGUAUUUCUGGCAUUCCUUCGGAAAUCGGAAGUCUUUCUUGUCUUCAGACUCUUGAUUUACUUCGGUGCAAUGAGAUUCAAGCUGUGCCAGAGCUUCCCUCCAGUUUAACUUGUCUACGUGUAAGUUCUGAAAGGAUGAAGACCUUGCCAGAUCUUAAGGAUUUAUUGAAGUUGGAAGAGAUAUGCCUGGGUGAUAAAGAUCCUAAGGAGCUCAUAUGUCCCUCAACACAGAUGACGCCAAUAUCCAGUUCAAGAGAUCUCUUAGUUGUGCCCAUAGCACUUCAAAAAAUGAAGAUGUUAGAGUUGUCUCAUUCUCGAAUCAGUAAACUGCAACUUGGGCAUGGUUCCCUCUCAUGUAUACAUCUUAAGAAGCUAGUUCUAUCUGGUGUGAAUCUUGAAUAUGUGCUGGAACUUCCCUCGUCAUUGUCCAUUUUAUCUAUUCGAUGUUGUUCGUCUUUGAGACAAUUGCCAGCAGUUCACCAUCUGAGCAAACUAUCAGAGCUAAAUCUCAUCCAAUCUGCGGUAGAAGAGAUUAAGGGGCUUCAAGGACUAAUUGCUCUGGAAAUCUUGAAUAUAAUGCACUGUGAAAUACGUAAUCUCAAUGGGCUUGGCCAAUUAACAGAAUUACGAAGUUUGAUAUUGUCAGACUGUGAUUCACUUGGUGGAUUGCCCGAUAUAUCAAACUUGAAGAUGUUGAAUGUCCUAGUAGUCCAAAGAUGCAAGAUGAUCCCUAAUAUUGAAGGACUUUGGCGUUAA